GUAAUGAUCUCCGAGGAGGUUAUCACUGGUGAAGAAGAGAGCCUGACGUCCAAGAGAGAGCCAAGAGAGAAUUACAUGAUCAGCUAUGUUGCCAAAAUCCAAGAAGACCCUGAACGCCAGCCUUUAUUGCCUAGUGUUUGUUGUUUGCCUGGCAUGCACAGCUAAUGCGGACCAAGAAGAUAAUGAUGAUGAAGAGGAUGACCUGAUGUAUGAGUACAGAAUGAAACAAGACAGACACACCUGUGGAAGUGGCCAAACGGGUCAGUAUCCGUUCUGCAAGGACCAGGCCAUUCACCACAAUGUCUACACAGGGGAUGAGUGUGGAGAGGCAGAAUUAGAAGAGGUGAUGGUUGAAAUGCAACUGAUGAUCCAGGAUCGAGAGGAGCUGAUUGAAGAAAUCUUUCAGUUAACAAAAAUCACUGAGAAAAAUGUAGAGAGGGAGAAAGAGGACACAGUUCUGUUCCUGGCUGACAUGGCACGAUUUGUUGAGAAUACCUACCUAGAAGCAAUUGAGGAGAUUAAUGUGAAGCACCAAGAAGCAACACAACUGGCUGUAAAGCAAAUUCAAAAGCUAAGAGAGGAAAUCUCUACUAUACAUGAGAGAAGAACUACGCUGAAGCAGCUCUCAGACACUAAGGACCACCUCAAAGUUCUCCAGAUGUUUCCAUCCCUGUGUUCCCCACCAGCCACCAUCGACUGGUCUGGGAUCAGUGUUCACAGUGAUCCCAGUGUUGGAGCCACGGGGAGAGGAGUGGAAAAGCUGCGGGAAGCACUCAAUAGUGAGGAGAACAGGGUGUCUUCCGCAGAGUUGGUAAGGAUCAAGUCGUGUGCAGUGGAUGUGACUUUUGAUCCUGAUACAGCACAUCCCAACCUCAUCAUCUCUGAAGACAGGAAACAAGUGAGGACUGGUUAUAUUCAGCAGAAUGUGAAUGACAAUCCUCAAAGGUUUGAUCAAUAUUUGAUUGUGCUUGGAAAGGAGGGCUUUACCUCAGGGAAAUUCUACUAUGAGGUGCAGGUAGAGGGGAAAACUAUAUGGUAUUUAGGAGUAGCCAUAGAGUCCAUUGAUAGGAAGGGGAAUAUUACACUGAGCCCUGAACAUGGAUAUCUAGUCCUACAUCUGAGGGAAGAGUAUUUCGCUGCUGGAGACGGUACUAUCAUCCGCUCUCAGAGUCAGAACCUCAAGAAGGUAGGGAUUUACAUUGAUUACGAAAGAGGUCAGGUCUCCUUUUAUGAUGUGAACAACAGGUCUCAUAUCCACUCUUUCACAGGAUACACUAUCAGUGAGAAACUCUAUCCAUUCUUCAGCCCUGGUGUAAUUAUUGAUGAAGAAAAUUCAGCCCCAAUGGUUAUUACCCCAGUUGAGAAGCAACUAAGUAUCAACGUCCCAACUUGACCCUACCUAAAAGUGCAUAAUAUCUUGCAACUAAUAUCUUGCAACUAAUAAUGUGUUUGCAUUGUAGACCAUAUUAUACAUGUGUUUAGAUCAGCACCUUGAGAAAGCAGUAUGUUACAGUACAUCAAAUGAAAUCAUGUUUUAGUAGUUGCAAUAAUAAUAAUAACAAUAUUAAUAGUAAAGGGGGCUUUUAUAUAGGGCUUUUAAAUGUUUAAAUAUUGCAUAAAUUAGUGUAUGAAAUGUAAAUCAUACAGUAUGUAUACCAUAUAUACGGUAUAUAUAUUCUCUCUCCAGUUAUCUUUUCCUAAGGUGAAUGAACUUAGUGUGAUUACUACAAUUUAAUUUAAAUGAAUUCCAAGUGAGUUACUCCAAAGGAACAGAACC